GAGUCGAAACGAGAACGAGAGAAGGAGGGGACGGCCUGAAAAGCUCGGGCCAGCCUGGGUUCGAUCGCUCAAUAUUCAUCCCUUGGCCGGACGAGAGCGCCCGAGAACAGUAGCUCCAGACGAGGGCACGAAUCGACCCUUCCUUCCUUUGCGUCCUCGCCCGCGGAACUGUUCGAUCGCGGCACUGUUCCACCAGAAGACGAAGAACAAGAUCAGCAGGAGGAGCAGCAGAACCGGCCGAGAAAGGGAUUCGCACGUCGACGUUCGUUCGUGGUGAUACGCGGGAGAGAUUGAGAUUGAAACUCCCUCCAUCUUUCGUUUAGCCGAUCGGAAUGGAGGAUAAAAAAGUCGAGCAGUUUUAUUCUCCGCCGCCGAAGCUUAGCAAAUGGGAGGGUUUUAAGGUCUUUUUAUGGAACUCCGAGACUGGACAGUUCCUGGGGCGCACAGGCGCUAGUUGGGCCAAAAUCUUGUUAUUCUACGUUAUUUUCUAUGCGGUUCUGACCGGUUUUUUCGGAGCGAUGCUGACUGUUUUCUAUCAGACGUUAGACCCGAAUGCACCGAAAUGGCAAUUGGAGAAUUCCUUGAUCGGUAGCAACCCCGGACUUGGUUUCAGGCCCAUGCCUCCUGAAAGCAACGUCGACAGUACCUUGAUCUGGUACAAAGCCAGCGACGAAGGCAAUUUCUUACAUUGGACCAGAGAAUUGGAUAAGUUCCUUGAAGAAUAUCAGAAACCUGCUUCCCCGUCAAACGAGAAGAAGAGAGUGCCUUGCGACUAUGGUAAAGCAGCACCUCCCAGCAAAGUUUGUGACGUAGAUAUAUCGACGUGGGGACAGUGCACGAAGAAAAAUAAAUAUGGCUACAACAAGUCUGCUCCUUGCAUUUUCCUCAAGUUGAACAAGAUCUUCGGCUGGCAACCAAAAUAUUACAAUGACACGAAGAACCUGCCGUCUAACAUGCCAUCCGAUCUUCAAGAUCACAUCAAACAGGAAGAAAGCGAAAAUAGAUUGAACACCGUGUGGGUGUCGUGUUCCGGUGAAAAUCCCGCUGAUGUUGAAAACAUGGGCGCGAUUCAAUACAUUCCACGUCGUGGUUUCCCUGGAUAUUACUUCCCUUUCACAAAUACCCCUGGCUACCUUAGUCCCCUCGUAGCUGUCUUCUUCGAGAGGCCUAAAUACGGUGUGUUGAUCAACAUCGAAUGUAAAGCUUGGGCGCAGAAUAUCAUCCAUGACAGAUUUGAAAGGCGCGGCUCGGUACACUUCGAACUGAUGGUGGACUAAGCAUCGCAUCUGCCACCUUUUGCAAGAUCACUACCAACUGCGUCCAAGAAAAUAUAGGAGGAAGGAGAAUAAGAGAAAUUUCUUUUUUAAUCAAUCUCGCUGGCGGAUCGUGACCACUCCUUCUUUCCUCCGGUUUUCUCUGCCGACGAUACCGCCCUAGCCGCGUAUUUUCUCGUCGUUUUAACGUAGAUCUGUCAGAGGUUCACAGUCAUUUUCAUCAUCUUCAUCCUCGUCGUGAUUCUCUUCAUUGUACACACGGUAACGUUUACUGUCGUUUUUUCACAGUCGCGCUUCUCACUAUCAUUAUGAAGGGCCGUUCUUCGAAACAUUGUUAUACGUGUUCGUUUCACUCGGCAUAUACACAAAUUUCUCAUAAUCGUAUGUUUCGCAGCGCGCGGUUCUCGUCGUCGCUUCCACAGGCAAAAGCAUUUUAUCAUAGGAUGAUAAAACGGACCAGUGAAAUUGGCUAUAUACAAGCUAUAUAUCUAUAUAUGUAUAUGUAUGUAUAUAUACGUACGCAUGUGCGCGUAUGUAUCAGGAUGCACAAAAAACAGUUUAGCGGAAAAAUUCUGCACAAAAACCGUGGCGGUAUCACUUCUUUCUAUCGGGGGUGAAGGGGAGUGGUCGUACCAUCGUGAUCUAAAUAUCGUUCGGGAUAUCAGUUGGAGCGCGUAACAGUUUCCCUUACUUUUUUGCCCCUUUUGCGAAUUUUUCGCUUUUCGUCAUGCUGAUUUCAUGGUCUCGUUGCGGGCAUUCGUGCACGUGCAAACAUUCUUUCUGUUAUUUUUUUCUCGAACUUAUCGGUGUUCGCCUAGCCAACGAGACCACUAACGUGUAGGGUACACCGAGGAUAAUUGAUACCCUUAGUUCGUG